CCAUUUAACCCAAAGCAUUUCACCGAGAAACAAACAAAAGCUAUAGCGCUCUCAGACGCAGCGCGUGAGGUCGUCCGGCCUCCGCACAUGCCCACUCUAGGGGCUGUGCUCGAGGUCUCCGAUCCCAUGUCUGACACCGAAGCCGACGCCGAGCCAUCGCCGUCACUACCAUGGCUACAGCCAGGGCCAUCGGAGGGGCAGCCGCAGCCGCAGCCGCGGCCGCGGCUGAUAUCUUCGCUUUACAAGCAGCACUCGUGGUCUCCAGACGCGUACCGCGAUGAGGCGUGGCUUCGGCGCAAGGGCAACAGCAAGAACCGCCGGAGCAAGAGCGUGACGGACGAGGACCUCGACGAGCUCAAGGCCUGCAUCGAGCUCGGUUUCGGCUUCGACGACUCGUCAUCGCCCGAGCUGGAUCAGCGCUUGUCUGAUACGCUCCCUGCUCUUGGCUUGUACUACGCCGUCAACAAGCAGUACAACGACACCGUUUCAAAGCCAAACACCACUCCGCCGCCUUCCUCAACGCCGUCCGAGUGCGACAGUGCUCCGUCUCCCCUCGGCAGCCCCCACACCAAUAUAUUCUCCCCAGGAGAUAAUCCACAGACGGUGAAGACAAGGUUGAAGCAGUGGGCUCAGGUGGUUGCUUGUACGGUACGGCAAUGUUCGGGCUGAUGAUGAUAUUGGGACCAGGAUUAAUUAUGUGUGAACCAAACCCGAGUUAACCAAACAUCAUAUGAUCAUCAAUGUCGACCUCCUUUCACAUGAUUCCAAUCACCCCCUACCGACUUUGCUUGGUUUUGUUAUUAGCAGUGAGAUUAAAGUAAUCUGAACGAAACCCAUUAAAUAUGAAAACCAACUUGUACUGGAUUGACUUUUUCUUUUUCUUU